AACCGGAUGUAACAAUGUUAGCUUGAACUGCUAUGACACGGAUAUCUCAGACUGUCUCCGUAGGGAUAUAGCUUCUGUCUGUUUAUGAACCACUGUGGUUUUUCCUACUAGUUUUACUAGUUAAAGUCUAGAGAACGCCGUUUUACUAGCCUUUAUGCACAAAGUGAGUGAACUAUUGAACGCCGUGGAGCUGAAGUAGCGAACAGCAGAGACUUGUGUGUGGGAAGACAACGUUGUCUGGUGGCACUUCCUCAAUCUUCCUAGAUGUGCGCCUUUUACUAUGUCUGCCGCUGGGACAAUUCAUUGUACGCCUUGGAGAGAUGAAUAAAGUCCGAUCUUACCUAAGCAUUGUUGUCCAGCUGAGGACCGAGAGACUGGGGACAGUUCCAGAGAGGACACAGAGCUGCUGACCAAGGUAUCAGACUCUGCUCUGCAGCAUCACUUCAGCUCUGCUGCUGUUUACCUUUAUGUUGCUCUACUUUAUUUGAGCAGAUGCUGAUAGGCUAGAUGGAUGAAAGCUGGAUCUGCUGUCAAGGUUACAAACCAGGAUUGUAAAAAGAAAAAAAAAAGGAGAAUCCCAGGUGUGCAGAGGAUGUCUGAAAUGAUGAAGGUUGAAGCAGAGGAGCCUGGAGGACUCAGUUUGGUGUUCCCCAGACCUGCAGCAUCCUCAUCAGAACUGGAGCAGAAACAAGACAGCAAAGAUCUCAUUCAUCAAAUAUCGGUGAUUAAAGAAGAGGUCCCCCAUAACUGGAGCUCUAGUCUGGACCGGCAGGACUCAGAGACCCCCCUCAUAAAGGAGGAAGAGGAGGAACGAUCCAUCACUCAGGAGGAACAGCAACUUACUGUGAAGAGUGAAGAUGAAGAGAAACCUCAGUUAUCAAAGGCUCAUCAAAUCAAAACUGAAGACAACAGAGAGACUGGAGCUCCAACCAGCUGCUUGACUGAGCAGAAGAAAACACAACCUGAUGGAGAAAGCUGUGAAGAACCAGACAGGAACCCAGAUCCAGAAUGUUCCUACCAGAAAAGUAAGGAGAAGGUACACACAAGAGGUAAAAGACCUAAGGCGUGUGCCAAAAUAAAGACUCAGGGCCAAGUCCAUGCAAGAGAGAAAUCCUUCGGUUGCAAUGUUUGCGGCAAAAGAUUCAAACGUGAGACUAAUUUUAAAUUACACAUGAUGAUUCAUAAUGAAAAGAGAGAGCAUGUAUGUAACCUUUGUAGUAAAGCAUUUAAAGUAAAGCGUGCUCUUCAGACGCAUAUGCGACGGCACACUGGAGAGAAACCAUUUGCCUGUGACGAAUGUGGCAGAAGGUUCCAUGCGAAGAGUAAUCUCACAAGUCACUUGAAGGUCCACUCAGAGGAAAAACCCUUUUCUUGUGGGGUUUGUGGUACAAGAUUUAUAAGAAAUGAAAAUCUUAAACGGCACAUGUGGAUCCACACUACGGAGAAGCCGUUUGUUUGUAGUAUUUGCAGUAAAGGGUUUUCCCUGCAGCAGAGGCUUGAAACUCACAUGCGUGCUCACAAGGGAGAGAAACUAUUCAUGUGUAGUGUUUGCAGUAAAGGGUUUUCCCGACACGAGAAUCUGAAAAGACACUUGCGUGUGCACACGGGGGAGAAGCCGUACAUCUGCAGUUUUUGUUGCAAAGGGUUUUCACUGCAAGAGACGUUAAAGAGUCACAUGCGCGUCCACACGGGAGAGAAACCGUUUAUCUGCAGUAUUUGUAGUCAAGGAUUUUCCCUACAGCAAAAUCUGAAGAGUCACAUGCACGUUCACACAGGAGAAAAACCUUUCAUUUGUAGCGUUUGUAGUAAGGGAUUUUCUCGACAGGUGUAUCUAAAAAGUCACGUGAAGGUUCAUACAGCACCGUUCAGCUGUAGGAACUGUAAUAAAUGUUUUAUGAACGAAUUACAGCUAGAGCGACAUAUGAGGUUUCAUUCAGAGGAGAGGCCAUUUAGUUGUGAUGUCUGUAAAAGCAGAUUUAAUCAAAAAAUUCAUCUGGAAAGUCACAUGAGGGUGCAUUCAGAAGAAAAGCCAUUUGUUUGCCAUGUUUGCAGUAAAGCAUUUUCACGACCCGGGGAUCUAAACAGACACAUGGGGGUUCACAAGGGCUGCAGCUAAUGAUUAAAAGUAGAUGCUUUCGGUCAUUCAGCUAUUUUAAUCCACCCCUCUCCUCUUGUCAUACUUUAUCUUAUAAAUCUCCUAUAGGUUCAUUUGCUGGUGAAGAGAACGCUUAAAGCAUUCAGUAACAUUUGUAAACAGAAGUAAUGCACGCAGGACAACAAGUUCCGACAUUUUGCUACUGUGCUCUUCUUCUGCUGUCCCUUGGUGUUGUCUUCUUCUCUGAUGGAUUGCAAAAACGAAACAAAACUUGGUUCCCAAAACAGACGUCGGCUCGUCACAAAGCACCGACACACGCACUGAACCUCUUCCAGAGCGAGAGUUCUUUCGGUGAAAAAGUGGGUUAAGAGGGUCUGGUUGCAGACAGGCGGAGCUCUGAAUAAAGGGGAAAUAGAUCCCGCUGUAAAUCAGAAAAUCAGCCGGUAGGAGGAGACAGCAGAGUUCCACAAGCACUUAAAAACAUGUGAACUAUUUGUAAGAUCCACAAAGUAAAAAAACAAAGACAAAAUAGCCAGGCAUCAAAAUUGAAUUGUCUUUUUGUUAUUGCUAGUUAUGCUAGCUGCUGCUUUUGGCGUCAGACAGGUGAUUCUCCUCUUUUAGGUGCUUUUCUGUAUCUGAAGGGAGGUUACCUACUACAUCAUCAGUAUCUUCAGAACUGGAGAGUUUAUAUAUAUAUAUAUAUAUAUAUAUAUAUAUAUAUAUAUAUAUAUAUAUAUAUAUAUAUAUAUAUAUAUAUAUAUAUAUAUAUAUAUAUAUAUAUAUAUAUAUAUAUAUAUAUAUAUAUAUAUGAGAACACAGUUCUUAUGUCCUUGUACUUAAAAGAAAACAAUGCAAUUUCAUAAGUAGUGCCUCUAUUUUAAGUUGAAAUAGAAUGUAUAAUGGAGUAAAAUAGUCAUACAUACAUGACUAUUGUGUGUAUAAUAGAACCCAGAACCUCCAGAUUGAUAUAAUUAAUUGUGUUACAUGCCCCAUUUACUCAUGUUGUCUAUUUUAAAUCUGUGUUUGAUUUUGAUGAUUGUUAUAGUGUGCAUUCUGUGUGGUCAUUUUUUUAAAUCAAGGAUAUUUUGUUUUAUUUGUAUAAUUGUUCAAAAUAUAACAGGUAGUCUGCUGAUAAGGAUUUUUUAAAGGUGCAUAGUGCAAGUUUUAAAGUUAAAUAUUAUUUAUUUUCUUUCCCAAACAUCCCCCUUACAAUUGCCCGACGUG